GACCCUCUUUCAUCGAAUUGUAGAAACGGUCAUUAUCCAGAGAGGAUGUCCUAAGGGGCCUGAGACCAUCGAGGGGAGUGUCUUGUAAGGGGGCAAGCCCUUUCCGAAUGAAAACGUGAUAAUUUUUAUCCUCGUUUUACAUACACGAAUCUUUAUAUGGUUAUGUAUAUCCAACUCAGGAGAGGGUACAAGUGAAUUGCAGUUUCUUUUUUAGUGCCAGACGUGCCUGAAAUCUCUUCUCUGGACGGUUGUCAUCCGAUAUUUGGAUUCGUUGUUGGAGGAACGGAACACAUUGUUCUGAUUGGUCAAGCACCUCUCAACGAAGGAAACGGUGGGCCAUUCGUGUAUAUUGUUAUCAAAGAUGUAUGCGUGUUUCAAAGAUCGACAGAACGAGGUGUGCAUAUAACAUCGUGGGCUAAAGCCUUUUAUUCCGAAAAGGGCAAUUUUAACCAUUCUUUGCAUAAUAUUAGUGGUACCUGAAGUGUUUGAAUGUACUCUACGAGGCUUAUUUAUUGUCGCUCAUAGCGUGUGUUUACUCAUGAAGUUUUGAUCUAUAGCGUAUAUAUGAAUUUUAUUAAUUAAGGGUUUAACCCUCAUUGCUUGUUUUCAUAUUUAGUCUCCAUAUUUUAGAAUAGUAUUACUUGUGUAGCAGUAUCACAUAUUUCAGUAUUAAUCGAAAAGAUCAUCGAUAUCGGGACGUGCACUUCGUACUUCGUCUGUGAUCUAUAAAUUAGUUUUCGUUUGGUAAAAGGCACUACUGAUUGUGCUUAUCUUGACGCAAAAUUAGAUAAAAUCGGGCAUGUUUCGGCAAGAUGAGUUAGUUUGGUUUGUCAUGUUCCCUUUUCUUAGCGCGAUUAUUUUUUGGUUUUCUAUUUAUUUUGCUCUACUCAGGCGAGUCAUCAGCGGUCGUCAUCGCCGUGACAGUGCCUGGCGCGCCAUUGAAUGGCUUGUAAAACUCACGCCCGCCAGUCCUAGGAAUGUAUUUUCCUCUGUGAAUCAAAAAAGCAUAAAAACAAAGGACAUUUCUUUUCAACAAGCCAAUAGUUAUCCUUUGCUUCGUCAUGAUGGGUUUGAACUACCAAGUGCUGGCAAUGAUAUAUCACAACCACAGCGAGAGCCAAGCUCUUUCCGUUCCAAAAUAUCAACAAAAAUGAAGAAAGUUGAAAUUCCAACUUCACUUCGAAUUGCCACCCGGGCAGUGGUCCGGCGUGCUGUCGUCGUUGUUGGUGGCGAUCUUGCGCGAUCACCACGCAUGCAAUACCAUGCUUCCAGUCUCGCCCAAAGUGGACUCUUUGAUGAGAUCGUGUUACUAGGUUUGGACUGUGGGAAUCAACUCAGUGAAAAGUUGCUCAUGUGUGAGCAGGCUACACCAAGUCUCUUUCCUGCUAGCGAUGACCCGGAUGAGAUUUCCCGGGCGAUGCAAAGACAUCUACAACCCUAUCCUACUGGUGGUGUAGGUGAUGAUGCUGGGAGUUCACUUACUACCGCACAGAAAGGUCUGGGUGGUGAUCAUGACGCAUGGAAGAGUGCGGAAUAUCAACAAGGGGGCAGUUUCAAGCCUCGUAAGUGGGGUUGCCUUGUAUCAAGCCACUACCUCAUCGCACCUCCCUGUCCUCCAGAAUUUUUCCAGUUUAUUUUCCCCCUACGAAGCCUCCAUUGGACGGCCUGUACUCUUUACCGUGUUAUCGUCUUGACGGUGAAAUAUCUCUCCUCGCUUGUCCGCUCGACCGCAAUUCAGGUAAACGCACAUGGGCAGUUGGUUGUGACAAAUGUCAUCUUCAUCCAAACCCCACCUGCAAUUCCUUUCGUGCCGCUCAUCAAGUACGUCGUGCGUCCCAUUGUGGUCGCAUACAACUUUCUUUUGUACUAUUGUUUAAUCGUGCCGGCGUCUUGGGCGAACCCCGCUGCGCUAAGGGAAAUUCGCGCGCACAGCCGACUUGGUACACGCCUUCACACGUUUUGGCCCACCCUUGUGGUGGACUGGCACAACUACGGUUAUACCAUCCUCGAGUCCAUGCACCGACCACGUGUGGCCUGCGCGGUGUAUAAAUGGUUGGAACUGCAACUCUGCGUUGGAGACGUGAAUGUGACUGUGAGUCAGGCCAUGAAGCGGUCGCUUCUGAGCCAAUUCUUCCGCAACUCGUCAGAAAAAGUGCAUUUUAAAAAUGAAAUAGGUGAUAAGGGCGCAGCGAAGAGUGUUGUCCCCCAAGGCCGUACUGAAGGCGAUCUUAGAAAUCAAAGCUAUCAUCGGUCACCCUCAUCCUUGGUGGAGGGAAACGUUGUAGUUCUAUAUGACGUGGCCCCAAGUUUCUUCGCGCCUUCGAACCGUCGUAUCUUUGUAGAAGAGGUGUUGCUUGCAACAGUCAACCAACAGACUUGUUCAGCGCCACAGAUUCGUAAUAGCUCGGAAAAAUGUGCAAACCCAUGCAUGUCAGAUACAUCUUCUUUCCCACGAGAUCCUUCGCAACUAAGCUGCGCUAGGGAGAGAGUCCCAGCAGAGCAUCAAGAAGUCAACCCAGGAAUUUGGGACCUAAACAAGGAUGUAUGGGGCAUCGCGCCACCGCCAGAAUGGGUAGUACAGAGUGCUUUUUUGCCUAAUUGCAACGAUGACACCCCCUUACAUGGAAGCCCGAAUGACAAUGUCAUUGGUUGUCCCUCCCACUCAUCCUGUGCCACGUCCCUCCCACACCAUUUUCUAGAGCCUUCGGUGAAAGCACGUCAACAAAGAGGUAUCAUUAUGAUUGGAUCCACAAGCUGGACAGAAGAUGAUGACUAUACAAUACUGAUUGAAGCACUUCAGCGACUUGAUCAUCGUCUGCGUCAUGUAUGUAAGUAUAUUGAUUCUACGGUAGAGCAUCAUGAGGGUUCCGUUGGUAGUUCAUCCUGGCGAAAUACACCGGUCGUCACACCGAUGGAAGGGAGCACGCUAAGAUUUCCCUCGGGUAUGGCAGAGGAUUUGAAUACUCAGACAGAAAGACAAAAACAGACUUUCGGGCGUAGUUCUACAGCUAAUUCUAACUCAGAAGAUAUAUCAUGCUUACCUCAUCCGUUUUCUCAAAUAUGGGUUCUCAUUACUGGGAAGGGCCCGGCAAGGGGUCGAUUUGAGGAGGCCGUGCGGGCUGCACGCCUUUCGAAACACAUUACCGUAUCUACGUUGUAUUUUCAAUCCUACAAACACUAUAGCAUUGCACUUGGAGCCGCAGACGUUGGUCUCUGUCUUCACUUUUCCUCCAGCGGGCUUGACUUGCCCAUGAAGGGGGUUGACAUGCUUGGCUGCGGGCUUCCUGUGGUGGCGUUAGCAUACCCUGCUAUUGGUGAGCUCAUGGGGGAAGUCGCCGUACCUGCAGACACUUCUUUAGCUGAGCAUCGGAUACCCACACCAAAUGCUAAAUACAGCCGAGUCGCAGAUAUCGAGAAAGGAGGUGGUGAUGGGUGUGGAUUGGUGGAGUGCGAACGAGGUUGGAUAUUUUCUUCGGCUGCCGAUUUGGAGGUGCUGUUGAGUUUCUUUGUUGGUAUGGACAAGCUCCAGUAUGACGUGUCUUCGGAAAUAAAGACGGCGAUGACUGCCGUUAUGAACAUUCGGAGUUUGGAAACGAAAACAGCCAAACUAACCCCGCUUGUUGAAAUGCAGAAGCGUGUCCGUGCAGCGGCUGUACAUCGUUCAACAUGGGAAGACAAUUGGAAUCAAACUCUUGGACCUAUUUUAAGCCGAUUUAUUUAG